GCAUUUAAUUAUUUAUGGUCUUCAGCUUGCUACUUUCCUACUAGUACAAAACAUUUGCAAUUAUGCAUCUUUGUUAGUUGUUAUAUGAAACAUGGAUUCCUCUAUCCAUAAACCCAAGUCUCUGUUUUUCAUUUUCCUGCUCCUAAUCUCAACAAAUUUACUCACUUUCUUCUUCUCCUCCACAUCAUGCUCUCCUUCUUGCUCUCCUCUCCUUCUCACUACAACAACGUCUACUCCUUCCAUCGACGUCGACCUCCCGUCCGAGUUCCUUUCCUUCACUUCCGGCCAACUCCUCCCCUUCGGACACAACCCCAACUUCGACUCUGACACCAUAUACCCGCCUGUAGGCCGCGCCUGCACUCUCUUUCCUGAUGACCUCCGCCGCUACAUGUCUUACCAAGUCAAUGGGUUAUGUCCUGACGAUGAACUCCUCGCUCAAAAGCUUCUUCUCAGGGGCUGCGAGCCACUCCCUCGUCGCCGCUGUCGUCCUGCCGCUCCACCCCAUUACGCCCAACCCCAUCCAUUACCCACCAGCCUCUGGUCCACCCCUUCCGAUUCCUCCGUCGUGUGGACCGCUUACACGUGCAAGAACUACACUUGUCUCAUCGAUCGGAAGAAAACCCAAAAGGGAUUUGACGAUUGCAAGGAUUGCUUCGAUUUAGACGGCCGCGAGAGAAGUCGGUGGACGGCGACGGGAACAACAAGGGGCAGUCUCGAUUUCACAAUUGACGAAGUGCUAACCACUAGAGAACCGGGUACGAUCCGGAUUGGGCUGGACAUCGGCGGUGGCGUUGCCACAUUUGCCGUGAGAAUGAUGGAGAGGAACAUCACAAUCGUGACGACAUCGAUAAAUUUGAACGGUCCAUUCAACAAUUUCAUCGCGGCGAGAGGGGUGGUGCCGCUGUACAUAAGCAUUUCGCAGCGGCUGCCGUUCUUCGACAACACGCUGGACAUAGUGCACUCGAUGCACGUGCUUAGCAACUGGAUUCCGACGACUCUGAUGCACUUCUUGGUAUUCGACGUGUACAGGGUGCUGAGGCCGGGAGGGUUGUUCUGGGUGGACCACUUUUUCUGUGUGGAGGAGCAGCUGGAGAAUGUGUACGCGCCGCUGAUUCGAAGCGUGGGGUUUAAUGAGUUGAAGUGGGUGGUGGGAAAGAAGCUCGAUCGUGGGGCGGAGCUCCGGGAGGUGUACCUGUCGGCGUUGUUGGAGAAACCAUUAAACAAUUCUUAGUGUUUUUUUUUUUUUCUUGAAAAAAAAAAAAAAGAAGUUAUGGUCAACUCUUGGUUAUUAAAAAAUGGAUAAUAAAUUGAAGUUUGAUAU